AUGGAACUCAAGCUCGUAUAUCGUGUCUUGCGCAAAAUCUCGGAUUGGACGGUCGCUGGGUACUAUUCGGAGACAUGUGUGGAAGGACAGGAGAAUAUCCCUGCUCAUGGACCGCUUAUUAUAGCGGCUACUCAUCACAAUGAGAUGAUAGACAUUGCGACUUUGGCUGCGACGAUGCCCCAUCGACGGAGGGUGGCGUUCUGGGCCAAGUCGACGAUGUUUGCGAAUCCUGUCAGCGGUGCGAUCCUUUCAUCGUCAGGAGCCAUCCCCGUGCGCAGGAAUCCCAACAACGGCAGUAACGGGAACGGGAACGGCAACGGAUCUGCAGCGAGUGGCUCGUCUGGGGCUAGUUCCGAGGCGGGAUCUUCGACUGGUGCUGCGAAUCAGGACAAGGCUGCAGAGCUCGCGCAGAGAUCGGUGCUGUUCCGCGACACAUCGAAGGCGCUAGCGGCGGACGGCGUGGUGGGUGUGUUCCCCGAGGGCACGAGUUAUACACAGGCGAGCAUCGUGCAGGUUAUGCCGGGCGCUGCGUGGGCUGCGGUUGAGUUUGCAAGGUACAUGCAGCGUGGAGAGGGUGGUACAGACGUUCAAGUUGGGAAAGGCAUCCGGCUUGGGAAGGAGGACGGGGAUGUAAAGGGGAAAGGCAAGGAGAAGGAGGUGGAGGAGGUGAAGACGGGUUUGAGGAUUGUACCUGUUUCGGUGGUGUACACUGAUAAAUCCAAGUAUCAGAGUCGGAUUGCAGUUAGAUACGGCAAACCAAUUUUAAUGGACUCAUACCUCGACGAGCUGCUUGAAGGUGACCCAGACGAGGCGUCGAGAGCUGUUGUAAAGAAGAUUAUGGGUCAGGUCGAGAAACAGCUAAGAGAGAUGACCAUCAACGCGCCUGAUUGGUAUGCAAAUACUUACUUAAAUAUGGGUAACGAUUUUGACCCUAUGCUCGGACUUCAGGGAUACUCUAUGUGCUGUCUCGAUGGCAAGGAGCAUUUUAUGGGAAGACGAAAGGAAUGUGCCUCUAAAUGCAUGGGUGGAAGUUUCGCAAAGAUGUUCGAUCUGCCCCCAGACUGCCCUCCGUCCGAGGUUGAAUCUGUUCGGGAAUUGAAGAAAGCUCUCACAAAAUAUUAUGCUCUACUACACUACUCUGGUAUCAAACACUCUAUUUUAUCCUCGCUACUUCCACUUUCAUCCUCGUCGUCCCUGCUCGAUGUGCCACCGCCACACGCUCUCCCACUACAAGGGAUCCUUCUUCGACCUACAUUAUCCAUCCUCAAGAGUCUACCUUUAUCUCUUAUCCGCCUGGUGCUUUUCAUCCCGCCGCUUCUGUUGCACUUCCCAGGCUAUAUCACCGGUAAACUCUCCCAGCGCCUUGCAACGAAAGGCGAGGAGGAGUCUCCGGCGCAGUUCAAAGCCAUUGGCGGGGGUGUAGGCAUAGGCGCUAACAUCGCACUGUCGCUAGGUGUGCUAUGGAAACAGAAUAAGUUGGGGACACUUAGUGCGUUGUUGGGACUCGGAGACUGGACACAGGAUGAUGGACGGAUAGCAUAUCUAAAGCGUCUGCUGGGCGUUGUCGGUACGGUGUACUGCAGUGUGCUGGUGCUUGUUAGGUGGCAUAAGCUUUUGGUUAAUGGUGUGCUUCAACGAAUAAUGACCUUCUGCAAACUCGUCUCCGCGUUUGCGUUCUCUAGAGCCGCGGACACGCUCAGCGCAACGGCUCUCGAACCAUACACCACACCGCCACUUCCAGCUGUAAACGUAUUUAUCAAGAGGAUCAAGAAAGAAGGAUUGACUUCGUCCUCUUCGUCCGAUACUUCGUUGGUGGUCAAUGGAGACAGCGAGGUCAGCACACAACGUAAACAGCCUGCACCUAUCGCCGCGAGAAAGCUGGUAAGACAUUUGUUGCAUGCACGCACGGGCGCAUGUGUGGCGUUGUCGUCUCAUUUGAAGACGCUGGAGGAUAAGACAUUGUUGAAGUAUUUGACCAGCAAGGGUGCGAAAUUGAGUGUCUGA